AUGGAAACUACUUCAGAACAGCCAGAGCCUGAUGUGGUCAAGGUAUCAAUAUUAAACGAAGAAUCAAUUAUCAUCGGGUUUUACCUGACCGAUUAUUUGGUUAAAGAUUUAUUAUCGAAUUUCCCGGCGUCAACUUAUGCAAUUAUCACGGAUACAAUCAUCGCAUCAAUUCAUCUUGAAAAAUUACUGAAUCGAUUCGAGAGCGCUGCCACUGAAUUAAUUCGAGCCAAAGGUGAGAACGUUUCGGUACCGAGAUUUUUAACAUAUGCAAUUCCACCGGGAGAGGAAUCGAAAACAAGAGAGACCAAGGCCAAGAUUGAAGAUUACCUGUUAAGCGAAGCAUGUACGCGCGACACUUUUAUUAUUGCCUUUGGUGGUGGUGUAAUCGGUGAUUUGGUGGGAUUCACUGCGGCCACCUUUAUGCGUGGCGUCCCUUUCGCUCAAAUUCCAACAACACUGCUUGCUAUGGUGGAUGCAUCGAUUGGCGGUAAAACGGCUGUAGACACUCCUCACGGCAAAAACUUGAUUGGCGCUUUUUGGCAACCAAAAAGGAUAUAUAUUGACCUGGUAUACUUGGAGACGUUGCCCGAGAGGCAAUUUAUUAACGGUAUGGGUGAGGUGAUAAAAUCGGCAGCAAUAUGGAGUGAGAAUGAUUUUGUGAAUCUCGAAAAUAAUGUGGAAAGUAUUCGCUCUGCGCUCAAGUUCAAAAGAGAGGUUUCUUUUCAAGGGGCAACAGUUGAUACACGUACUCCGGGACAGUCACUCUUACUUUCUGUGAUUGUUGGCGCCGUGAAAUUUAAAGCUCAUGUGGUAACAAACGAUGAAAAAGAGAGCGGUCUUCGCGAGAUACUCAACUUUGGUCACGGUAUAGGUCACGCUAUUGAGACCAUUCUUUCUCCGGAAAUGCUUCACGGCGAAUGUAUUUCCAUCGGUAUGGUUAAAGAAGCCGAAAUUGCGAGGAAUUUGGGCUAUCUCAAUCAGGUUACAUUAGGUCGGUUGAUAAGAUGCCUACAGAACUACGGCUUGCCAGUUUCAUAUGGUGAAAAGAAAGUUUUAGACUUGGUCGGCGAUAAACAUGAACAUGUCACUGUAGACCGGUUGAUGACUAUUAUGAAGGUCGAUAAGAAAAAUAGAAAUGGUCAAAAACGAAUUGUUCUUUUGGGGGGUAUAGGAAAAGUCAAUGGGAAAAAAGCCACCGUUGUAUCCGACAGUGUGAUCCACAAAAUUCUUUCGCCUGCCAUCAUCGUUCACCCAGUCGAACCUUCUUCAGAUUUAAAAGAACACGUUACGAUAAAAACCCCGGGAUCCAAAUCGAUCUCGAAUCGCGCGUUGAUUCUUGCUUCACUUGGAAUUGGCACUUGUCGGCUUAAAGGAUUACUUCAUUCGGACGAUACGCAAGUUAUGCUCAGUGCCCUAAUGGAUCUUGAAGGAGCAAAAUUCGAAUGGGAAGAUGACGGUGAAACAUUAGUCGUUACAGGUGGCGGCGGAAACGUUCGAGUUCCCAAUAGGGAGAUCUAUCUUGGAAAUGCAGGAACUGCCGCGAGGUUCAUCACAACCGUUUGCACGUUGAUAUCGCCGGAUUCUACCACCGAAGAAAAAAAACAUACGAUCCUAACGGGAAAUGCACGUAUGAAGCAACGCCCAAUUGGUCCUCUGGUGGAUGCUCUUCGUGAGAAUGGAUCUCAAAUCAAAUAUCUCGAAAGUGAUGGCUGCCUUCCACUUGAGAUAACGCCUGGAGAGAAGAGUUUUCGUGGUGGAACGAUAAAUCUUGCCGCCUCAAUCUCGUCGCAGUACGUAUCAUCAAUACUUUUAAGCGCCCCAUACGCCAGUGAACCUGUGACAUUAAAACUGACGGGGGGACAAGUUAUAUCCCAACCUUUCAUCGAUAUGACCAUUGCAAUGAUGGAAUCCUUUGGAAUAAAAGUUGAACGUUUAGAUGACGACGUGUAUCGUAUUCCGCAGGGACAUUAUAAGAAUCCCGAGAUUUACAUGGUCGAGUCGGAUGCGAGCUCGUCUACGUACCCAUUAGCAAUUGCAGCCGUCACCGGUACAUCAUGCACUCUUCCAAAUAUCGGAUCAUCGUCCCUUCAAGGUGAUGCGGCGUUUGCCGUGAAGGUCAUUCGUCAAAUGGGAUGCAAGGUGACUCAAACUCCUACAAGUACCACGGUGCAAGGGCCACCCAUCGGUUCACUCAAACCAUUGCCUAACAUUGACAUGGAAUCAAUGACCGAUGCAUUUCUGACCGCUUCAGUGUUGGCGGCUGUUGCCUCCAGUCAACAAGAUGGGGAAGAAUGCGUCACUCGGAUAACCGGCAUUGCCAAUCAACGACUGAAAGAAUGUAACCGAAUCGCGGCCAUGAUUGAUGAAUUGAGUAAAUUCGGAGUCGUUGCAUCUGAGUUGCCUGACGGAAUUCAGAUCCAUGGUUCCAAAAUUGACACCCUUCGGGGACCAACAGAGGGCGUUCACUGUUAUGACGAUCACCGGGUGGCAAUGAGCUUCAGUGUACUUGGAUGUGUGGUUCCUGGUGGCACCAUUAUACGUGAAAAACAAUGCGUCGAUAAGACCUGGCCUGGUUGGUGGGAUGUCUUAGAGUCGAAGUUAAGUAUAAAACUCGAAGGUUUAGAUUUAGUACCUCGACAAAAUGAUUUCAAAAAGGUUGAGACCACGAUUUCUCCUUAUUGCCUGUCGGAGCAAGAUGCAUCUAUCUUAUUUAUUGGGAUGCGUGGUGCCGGAAAAACUUAUUUAGGCAAAGCUGCUGCCAAAGCUCUGGGCCGCAAGUAUGUGGACGCCGAUCACCAUUUCGAAACCACACUAUCCACAACCAUUCCGGAAUUUAUAAGUAAACAUGGAUGGGAGGCUUUUCGCGAAAAAGAAUUUGAACUUCUUAGUUCUUUGCUUAAAAUGACAUCUGGUUGCAUAAUUUCUUGUGGCGGUGGUAUCGUCGAAACACCAUCUUCGCGUAAUCUUUUAAAAGAAUACAUUCGUAAAAAAGGGAAGGUUAUACAUAUUGUAAGAGAUAUUAAAGAAAUUGUUAAGUAUUUGAAUACCGAUACUAUACGUCCGGCAUAUGGUGAGGACAUCUAUGAUGUAUGGAGACGACGCGAGGGAUGGUACAAGGAAUGCUCAAAUUACGAAUUUGUCGCCAUUACCGUUAGUAGUAUAAACGGUGUCACCGAUGAAGAUAUUGUUCAACGUGAAUGGAAACUUGUCGAACGAUUUCUGAGGUUUAUCUCUGGAUUCACGACCGACCCGAUCGAUACGCGAAGUCCAAGGAGAUCGUUCUUUGUGUCGUUGACAUUUCCGGACAUCACGCCUGCAUUGAAUCACAUACCUGCGAUAACAUACGGCGUGGACGCCAUCGAACUUCGGGUAGAUUUGCUCACCCAAGACGGUUCUCUGACGUCUCGUGACGUGAACGACGUGCCAUCGACUGAUUACGUUGCACAGCAAUUGGCAUUGAUAAGACGUUCAUCGACACUUCCCAUCAUCUUCACAGUAAGAUCAAAAGGUCAAGGUGGAAGGUUCCCAGACAAUAGAAAGAAAGAGAUGUUUGUACUUUUGGGGCAAGCCAUCAAAUGGGGUUGUGAAUAUAUAGACUUGGAGAUUGGGGGGCCUAGUGAUUUGAUUUCCAAUUUGAUUAGUAAUAAGGGAUACUCAAAGAUUAUCGCGUCGUGGCACGAUGUAUCGAUGAGAUGGGACGGCGAGGAAAUUCGAAAAAUCUUCAGAACGGCGCAACAAUAUGGAGAUAUCAUUAAGUUGGUUGGUAGAGCUGAAUCUAUUAUUGACAAUUUUAAAUUACAAGAAUUCGUUCAAUCUUUACAUGCAGAAAACUCGAAACCAAUUAUCGCUAUUAAUAUGGGUGAAGAGGGACAGCUGUCGCGCGUAUUGAACAAAUUCCUAACGCCGGUAACACAUCCCUUACUCCCGUCAAAAGCCGCAGCCGGACAACUUUCAGUGCGUGAAAUUAAUCAGGCGUUACAUUUAAUCGGGCAAUUACCCAAGAAGAAAUAUUUUGUUUUUGGUACGCCUAUCAGACAUUCGAUGUCACCAACAAUGCACAAUACUGGAUUUUUGACGUUAGGAUUACCUCACGUUUAUGAUCUAUUUGAAUCGCAAGACGUGGAAGCAGUUAAACCGAUAUUGGAGGAUCCAGAAUUUGGAGGGGCGUCGGUGACUAUACCCCACAAACUUAGCAUAAUGUCCUACGUGGAUGAGCUCACAGAACACGCAAAGUCGAUAGGUGCUGUUAACACAAUUAUCGUGAAAGAUGAUGAUUCCGAUGGUAGAAAACUUAUCGGUGACAACACAGAUUGGUUAGGCAUCUUUCAUCUGAUCAAACCCUUAAUUGAAGUUGAUUCCAAUACAUCUGCAUUGAUCAUUGGGGCCGGCGGUACAUCAAGGGCCGCAUUAUACGCCGUUAAUAAGCUCGGUGUUGAACAUAUUUAUAUGUAUAACCGUACGCCUGUGAAGGUCGAUGCCUUAACCAAAGAAUUUCCGGAUUACAGAAUUCAGCCCAUAGCAUCAUUGUCGCAGCAGUUACCGGUGACGCCCCAAAUAAUUGUUUCCACAGUACCCGCGACGGCCAAUCUAGAAAUACCCGAUGACCUGCUUAAAUUUGACCAAGGAGUCUGCGUCGAGAUGGCGUAUAGGCCUAGAAUAACUGAUUUAAUAAAGAAGUGUAAAUCAAGGGGAUGGCAUACGAUCGAAGGGAUUCAGGUGUUAAUGGAGCAGGGAUUUUGGCAAUUUGAAGCUUGGACCGGAAGGAGAGCACCGAGGGAAAUUAUCGAGGAGGAAGUGAUGAAGAGCUAUGAGUCAUA